UCUGUGUAUAAGCUUGCUAUACAAGUAAUGACAUUUUUAACUUAUUUUGAAAGAGGGUUUCCUCAUUUUAAAUGAUAAUGAUAAUAGCUUAGUUUACGGCAGAGAAAUUUGCCAGUCACUAAUAACGCAAUUAAUAUUUUCACGCGGCCUGAUCUCCAAAAACCCGGAUAGGUAGAGCCGUGAUCAUCUAUAACAACAAAAGAAUUAGUAUUGCCGAAAGGUUUUCAGAGGAUAAAGCCAAUGAAACUGUACGAAUUAAAUAAACGAAAAAAAUUGUUUAUAGAGAAGGGUAGAUACUGGGAGGUAUAAUAUCGUAACAAUUGAAUGUUAUUCCUUCACAGCAAGCGUACACACACUAUUUGCAUUUCGAUUAGUAAUUUUUUAAAACUCUAGUUUGCGCUUUAUAUUCAAAGAGCAUGAAUAGGCCUAUGCUUAGUUUUCAAGAAAGGCCAGUCUGAAUUCUGAACUACGAAGAUAAUAAAUAACCGAAACAAGACUUCUUGUUUGUCAGCUCUCCGCGGGGAUCAAUACAAAAAGCAUCUUCUAAACUUUGAUUGCCCUGCCAGUCUUGCGAAUACUUUAUGGCAAAUUAAAACAAAGAAAAUCUGCUUAUUGACCUUAUCAGGAGUGACAGUUAGUUAGCUCAGGAGUACAGGAUCAUCUGAGUCACGUGACCAUCGAAGGGACUCUUCUGUAUGAAGAGGUUCUGCACUUCUUGAAGGGAGUUUAGUCGAGGCUGAGCUCACGUACGGUGAGCAACGAAUGAGACUAGGGUUGGAGUCGGGUCGGCUUUUCCUCUAAUAUUACGGCAAUAGUGAGUAAUGCCUAUAAUAUUGAAGAAUAAAGUACAGGAACAGGGUAUUGUGAUCUUUGCCACUGAACGGACUGAUUUGAAUUUUAAAAAAUGUACAACUUGUUUUAAGUGCGACAAGGCAUGCAAAGGAUGCUAUUAUAAUCUCAGCCGUUGGAUUAGUCGAUUUGAAUAAAAACGUAGUCUAUAAAAUGUUGAAAGUAGAAACAGGGGUAUGGCCAUAAUUAGAAGAAAUUGCGUGGUAAUGAACGCCAGUCCUUGCAAGAUGUAAUCUAAGGUAAUUUAAUUUAUUUUUUCUUUUAGGUAGUAAGUUAGUGAUACCUUACAGCAAUGGGUCUACCACUGAGAGAAGUCCUGACGGAUCCUGUUGUUCUGGAAGACCUCCUUAGGAAUCCUUCAGGUUUCAUGUUCAAGGAGGCUCCUUCGAUCGUCAUCUCGAUGGUAUCGUGGCCUACGCACACGCGGCUGCGGCUAGAGGACAUGAACUCGAAAACGGUGUUGGCGGGAAUCCCAACCAACUUCCCGGUCGCGGGGCCGAUGUCGUAUGUGCUGGGGAUUCUCGCUACGACGAUGAAUUUCACGUACAAGCAGGUGGUUCCUCGUGAUGUCACUUCGGGAGUUCGAUUAGCCAAUGGCACUUGGUCGGGAAUGGUUGGCCAGGUUGUCAGAAAGGAGGCCGACAUGGCGUUAGGACCCUUCCAGGUCAUCGAGAGCCGAAGCCAGGUCAUUGACUACACGGUCCCCUUCUUUUUUGAUACCCUGUCCUUCGUGGUAGCCAGGGGAAGUGCCAAAAUCGACCCAUGGGGUUUCCUGAUGCCCUUUACGGCUAAUGUUUGGGGCGCGUUCUUCUUAAGUCUUCUGGUCAUUAGCUUCGUUCAUUUCGUGUUUGAAAUCACCCAGAAUCCAGCUUCAAGAUUGGUGCAGAGCUUUGGGAGUGCUCUGUUCGAGUAUGUCCAGCCUCCUAUGGAUCAAGCCGCUGGCGAAAGAGUGACGGAGGGCUGGCAUCGCCCUUUGCUCGGCUCGUGGCUCCUCGUGUCCCUGCUGGUGAUCUCGAGUUACAACGGGAACCUCCUGUCGUUGAUGGCCCUUCGGUACAUCCCUCACCCGAUUCAGACGGCGAGGGACGCCAUCGAAGCAUCUUCCAGGAAAAUCAUCCUUGAGCAGUUUACGUCAUACACCGACUUAUUGAAGAGGGUCCCGUCAGGAGACAUCAGGAAACUCGACGACCAGGGGAGGGCCGGGCGGUAUGUCGACCUGAAGAUGAGGGACUUUAUGAUCUACUACCCGCUUAUCAGAGACAAAGGUUACAUCCAAAUAUUCGACGUCUCGACCGCACUUCUGUAUUUUGACAAGUACUUCUCUCUGACAGGACGAUGUGACUUCUACAUAGCGAAGGAGAAGUUCGUCCCGACCAUGUAUGCCAUGAUCAAUCAGAAACAUAGCCCUCUCACUCCAGCUAUUAAUGUCAGAAUUCGCCGUAUAGUAGAAGCCGGUCUAUACAAGCACUGGGUCUACACCAAUAGCAACAACAUAACGGCCUGCGCAAAUCCACCGAUAAAAGUGGCGCUGAUGGAUCCCAUCGGCAUCGGCAGCAUCUGGGGUCUUGGUGUCAUAUGGGGAAUCGGAUUGUGCUUGGCGGCCAUCGUGUUGGUCAUUGAGGUGAUAGUCGCUUGGUUACGUGGAAACAGAUGCUCAGAAGAUGAAGAGUAGCUCUGAACAAUGUCGCAUAUCCCGACUGGAAGGGACCAGGAACAUUCCCCGAUGAUUACUGAUAAUAACUUCUACAACUGCUUUUUGCAUACUAGGAUACUUUGCGGUGAAAAAAAUUCAAUCUGGAUUGUUUACUAGUUAUAACCUGUACCACAUUAUGUCCUCGCCAUAAACCUCGCAUAGUCAGUGUUAAUGAUAAACUCUUAAAAAUGUCAACAUUCUGUUCUGGUGACCUUUGAAAUCUGAAUGUUCACUGUUUAACUAAGGAAAACAACUAUACAGGUCCAGUUAGGUCUUUAGUCGAAAACCACGUUGUGCCUCUCACAAUAGUUUAAAGAGACAUAAUUACAUGCAUACACAUAAUAUAUAUAUAUAUAUAUAUAUAUAUAUAUAUAUAUAUAUAUAUAUAUAUAUAUAUAUAUAUAUAUAUACACUCAUUGGAAUUAUUU